AUGACCACAACCAUCCCUUUACAAAACUACCAACGAUAUGGUCGUCAAAUGAUUCUAGAUGGGUUCGGCCUGCCCGGACAGAUCAAGCUACAUCAAGCCUCUGUUGUCGUUGUCGGUGCAGGAGGUCUGGGAUGUCCAGCUCUUCAAUACCUUGGAGCUGUAGGACUUGGUCGUCUAGGGAUUGUAGAUCAUGAUCGCGUCGAGCUUUCGAAUCUACAGCGGCAAAUUCUUCACAAUGAAGACACUCUUGGGAUGUAUAAAGCCGAAUCUGCAGCCCUGGCUUUGAAAAGAAUGAAUUCAGGUCUUAAUAUAGACGUCAUGACUAUUGCGCUAACUGCAGACAAUGCGCUAUCCCUGCUACGUCCUUAUGAUGUUAUCCUAGACUGCACCGAUAAUGCGGCCACGCGAUACCUACUUUCAGAUGCGGCUGUCGCACUGAACAAACCUCUCGUCAGCGGAGCUGCCCAAAAGUUUGAGGGCCAGCUCUGUGUGUAUAAUCUUGGACCGACAGGACCAUGCUACCGAUGUUUGUACCCAACACCACCCCCUCUGGAUGCUGUGGGCAGCUGUGAAGAGCUGGGCGUCCUCGGUGUUGUUACAGGAAUAAUUGGCAACAUGCAAGCAUUAGAAACUAUCAAAAUUAUAUUGGGCACAAAUGGUACUAUUUUCUCCUUUGAAGCCUAA